CUCAAUAUAGCUUGUAGCGCUGCACUGGAGAAAUCCAAUGUCAUCAUGAGACAGCUAAAUCAGAUUUACAUGGAUUGCACAGGCAAAAAAUAUAUCAUCUAUGAUCAAUCAUAAGGAAUCGCCAAUAUGGAAGAGGAGGAAGACAUCAAACCAGAAAUAAGGAAGCAUUUUAGGCCUUAUAGGACAAGUCGAGGUCAGCCAAUCGAGGGAUGCUGGGACCACGACGGGUUGUUUACUGACAUCGUCUAUGAGUUUGGAGAUAUUUGGCGCAAUCUUGAUGAAUGCAACAGGAAAACCUGCACCCGAGAUGGCACCAUUAUCGAGGAAGUAUGUCCGAAACUAGAAGUUCCCGAGGGGUGUAUAAGACUCCGAGGUCAAACCCUUGAGCACCAGGACUUCCCCUACUGCUGCGACCGCGUAGUAUGCCCGGGAGAUGAGGAGUACACUGAAUACCAGAACGACUGGUUACGCCAAAUUACAGGUAAGCAGGCUUUAGAUUCCUUCCAUCUUGGUGUGGAGGUCUUCAUUCAUAUGACUUAUUCAUAAAAUUUAAGGGGACGAUGAACCUUGAGCUAGUUUAGGACUU